ACAGUUAGUGUAAACAUACUUUGCCUUAGUCGUUUGCUCACAGACAAUUCAUAUUACCAUCUGGUAAAGGAAGAAUUGCAUUUUCACUUCAAACCAGACGCUCCAUCAAAUAAGAUUUUAACACCACAAAAUGUCCACCGUGUCCACCUCUGUGUUGUUGGCGAAUCGCCUGUUCAAUGUACAAAAUCAUUAUUUGAAUGCAGAGACGGCUGACGUCUUUUUCAUUUGUGGAACUGAAGAUGAACCCAUUCCUGCUCACAAAAUCCUUCUGGCCGCUUCUACUGAAGCGUUUAAUAAGAUGUUCUACGGUACACUUCGCGAGGGUAACGAGGUUCAAAUAGUCGAUGCAACACCGAACGGUUUCCGGCAAUUUCUGCGCUAUUUCUACUUCAACGAUUUGCAGCUCAGCUUAGAUUGCAUCGAUGAACUAAUGUAUUUGGCCAGAAAGUAUCUUCUCAAUGCGUAUGUCGCUGACUGUUGCGCAUUUCUAUCGGAACAAAUGGAAGCAGAAGGAAUCCUCAUCGGUUAUGAGCAAUCGAUUCGGUUUCAAUUAGCAGAAUUGAAGAAGAAAAUGGAAGAUUCUAUUGCCGAGGAAUCGGAGAAUGUUUUCUAUUCGGAAUACUUUGCUGCCAUCAAUCGCGACCUUCUGAAUCAAGUAAUUCAGAUACCAGCUGUACGCAUAGAACAAUCAAAGUUAGUGUUCAAUGGUUGUAUGUUGUGGGCGGAAGCAGCUUGUAAACGGUCAAACGUGGAUGCAUCGGUUAUGCAAAAUCUUCGCAGUCAAUUAGGCGAUUGUUUUCACUGUAUUGAAUUCAGUGCGAUGAAACGCAAUGAAAUCACAGAUUGCGUUGAAAAAUGCGGUGACUUGUUUACGGCCGGAGAGCUGCAAGGAAUUGUUUCCAUGAUAUCAGCAAAGUUUACAGCAAGAAACAAUCAGAGUCAGGACGUUCUCGAACUCCAAAUUUCUAAACUAACUGAUGCCAUUGUGAAUGUAUCCGAAGGAUCACAGGAGGAGCUCCGAUUCGUUCCGAAGGAAGGAAUGCUGCUGAUGUCGUUUUCAGUAACUGAAUUUUCAGAAACAGACGGCAUAAAUGAUUACAACGAAUGUGUGGCAUAUGUAGCAAGCGUCGUCAAAAUUACGACAGAAAAAAAUCUGGUUCUUCACAAGGAGUUUUUUCCGGACCAAGCAACAUAUUAUUUGCGAGAAAGCAUCGUUUUAGAACCACAUUGUACUUACGCCAUUCAAAUCCUAUUUUUGGACAACGGGAGCUAUAUCGCACGGGAGAUCGCCGAUUCAGCAGAUUCACCAAUCAAAAUGUUGCCUGAGACGAGCUCUAAGUUUAUCGCCACAUUGGAUUUAAAGUUGAAUUUUAAGCAAUAAAUUGAUACUCAAAGCUUCAGUGAAGCUGCUUCA